AUGGCCAGAGACAUUGCCUCCAAGAGCCAAAUAUUAACCACGCAAAUUGACGCUGAACGCAAAAGAAAGGAGGCCAUCAGAGACUACACUCCAGAGGACAGAAAAUUACUUGAAAAAAUUGGGGCUUUCAACAACCCAGAAACAGGAUACUGGGAGUACCAAGGGAAAACCGUCCUGCCUCAACGAUCGGUAGAAGAACUCCUAGAUGGACUUCACAAAUGGACCCACUUAGGAGUGACCAAAAUGAGAAAGCUGAUUGAGCGAGAAGAAACCAUUCAUUAUCUCCCAAACAAAGACGCCAUCCUGCAAAAGAUUGUUAAGAACUGUAAAACUUGUGCCCAGGUGAACCGGGGCAAAAGCAAAGCCCAGGAAGAAGUAAGGCAAAGAGGUCACAGGCCAGAGGUCCAUUGGGAAGUCGAUUUUACGGAAGUCAAACCAGGAAUGUAUGGAUACAAGUACUUGUUGGUUUUCAUCGACACUUUCUCAGGAUGGCCAGAGGCAUACCCAAUGAAGACAGAAACUGCUAAAAUGGUGUCUAAGAAGCUACUGGAGAACAUCUUUCCUCGAUUCGGGAUGCCUCAGGUAAUAGGGUCAGAUAACGGACCGGCCUUCGUCUCCCAGGUAAGUCAGACAGUGGCCAGGUUAUUGGGGAUCGAAUGGAAACUACAUUGUGCUUACAGACCCCAGAGCUCAGGCCAGGUAGAACGAAUGAAUAGAACCAUUAAGGAGGCUUUAACUAAAUUCUCGCUGGCAACUGGCACUAAGGACUGGGUGACCCUCCUCCCCCUAGCCCUAUAUCGGGCCAGGAAUACUCCUGGGCCCAGUGGAUUAACCCCCUUUGAAAUUCUGUACGGGACCCCUCCCCCGGCUGUCUCUUUUCUUGAUCCAGACAUCUCUAACUUUGUUAGCACCCCUUCCCUGCAGACGCACCUGCGAGCGUUGCAGCUGGCACACGAAGAAAUCUGGAAGCCCCUGGCAGCAGCCUACCAAGAUGCUGUUAACACCCCUAUUGCCCCCCAUCCCUUCCAACCAGGUGACACCGUCUGGGUCCGGAGGCAUCAGGCUCGAAGCUUAGAGCCUCGCUGGAAAGGACCGUGCACAGUCCUCCUCACCACCCCUACAGAGAACUUGGAGAAGCUGCUGGCAAUCAUCCCAGGUGGGCUGGUGGGUUAG